AUGGUGGAAUUUGGCAUCUCCGGCCCCAACUCAUCUCUUUCUCAUGACAACCUCCCCAACGUAGAGGUGACCAAAAUAAGAGUAAAUGAGUCCUGUACCAAGGCAGAGCUGAAGUGUAAGAGCAGCUGCACCGGGGAUGUUUCUUAUGUCUGGCUCAAGAAUGGAGAGAAGGUCACAGAAGAAAAUCCUCACAUAACCAGCCUUCGGUUUAAUGACAGCAUCUGCUGUGCUUUGAAAAGACAAGAAGAUUACUGCUCUGCUUCACUGUAUCCUCCAAAGCUUCCCUCUGUGACAGUGAGUCCAUCUGGUGAGAUAGUGGAGGGCAGUUCAGUAAUUCUGAUUUGUAGCAGUGAUGCUAACCCAGCUGCUAAUUACACCUGGUACAAGGAAGGUGGACAAACACCCCUGUCCAUUACAAAACAGCUCAGCCUCCCAUCCAUCCGGCCGUCUGACUCUGGAGCUUAUAACUGCACAGCAGAAAACGAGCUGGGAAUCAGGAAAUCCAAACAUCUUCAUAUAAAUGUAAAAUAUGCUCCAAAAUUUUCCUCUGUGUCAGUGAGUCCCUCUGCUGAGAUAGUGGAGGGCAGUUCAGUGACUCUGACCUGUAGCAGUGAUGCUAAUCCAGCAGCUAAUUAUACCUGGUACAAGGAGGAGCUAUUCCUGGCUUGGCCACCAGAGGGCGCUCAUCAUUUCACCUCGAUCAGCUCUGUGGACAGAGGAAACUACUGCAAGUCAGAGAAUCAGUAUGGACAGAUCAACUCUUCACGUGUGUUUAUAAAUGUCCAGUAUGCUCCAAAGCUUCCCUCUGUGUCAGUGAGUCCCUCUGCUGAGAUAGUGGAUGGCAGUUCAGUCACUCUGACCUGUCGCAGUGAUGCUAACCCAGCAGCUAAUUACACCUGGUACAAGGAGAAUGAAGCACUGCCUCUAGGACCAGAGGGCUGUCAUCAUUUCAUUUCCACCAGCUCUGUGGACAGAGGAAACUACUUCUGCAAAUCAAAGAAUCAGUAUGGACAGAUCAACUCGUCACAUGUCUUUAUAAAUGUUCAGUAUGCUCCAAAGCUUCCCUCUGUGUCAGUGAGUCCCUCUGGAGAGAUGGUGGAGGGCAGUUCAGUGACUCUGACCUGUCGCAGUGAUGCUAACCCAGCAGCUAAUUACACCUGGUACAAGGAGAAAGAAGACUCACCAAAGGCACAUGGACAAAACUUCACCAUUGGCAAAUUUAGUCCUGAACACAGUGGGGCUUACCAAUCAUGCAACGACAUAGAGGAUAGCACUGGCCACAACAGACUUGUAGAACAUCCUGAGCAUUGUUCGACAGAUGUUGAAGGACCUCAGGGCCUCAAAAAAUAG